GAGAGAGAAGAAGAGGAAGAAGAAGAAAAGGAAAAGCGAGAGAAAGGAAGGUGGUGGCCGUUUUAGUGAAGCAUUUAUGCGCAAGUUUGCGCUACGAAAGCUUCGGUUUUUUUGGGUCUCUCUCUCUGUGAACGUUUGAGAUUGAGAGAAAUGAGCUUCGGAGCUCUGGUGCGAAUCCUUAAAGUCUUUUGGGACUUGAAGGUUGUUUGUUAGUUUUCUUUUGGGUUUAAAUUUGCACAUUUUCUCAGUGCUUAUGGGGGUAGAAUUCGGAGAGAGAUUUCGAAUUUGUGAGAAUUGCUGGGUCUGGGUUCUAGGAGAUUCGCGCAUUAAUGGGUGUCUUUUAUUCGGAAAGAGUUCAAUGAAUGUGAUUUUCAGAUUUUGAUAAAGUAUUUUGAAUUUUGAUUCAAGGAGUUUUCACGGGUAUUUCAGAGCUUUUCUUAUUUGUCGGCAAUUUCACCUCUCACUCUCUCUCUUUGUUGGCCUUUUUUCUCUCACUGUGUCUGGUCUGUUACUCGGCUUUAAUUCCCGAAGAACCUGAUUCUCUGAACACGAGGGAACGAAUUACUUUUCCUUCUUUCUUUUCCACAAUCUCUUUGCUAAGCUUUUUGUCUCUGCUACCUCUCUUAUUUUUCACCGACGAGAUCCUUGCGAACCCUGCUAUCUAAACUCAGAGAGAGAGAGAGAGAGAGGCGGCGAGAUAUGUGGCAACGAAAAUCUAUUUUUCUCUUUCUUUGGAAAACCCAAACGCCACUUUUUCGGUAUUCUUUCCGGCGAGCUUUUCGGUAAAACUAAACACACACACAAAAAAAAAAAAGAAAAAGUUUCUUCAUAUAUAUCUCUUCGCUCUCUCCGUUUCUCUACGUUGUUCUCUCAAUCACUUUCUUCGUCACAUUUUAUCCUUCUGUGCUCAUUACAGAAACGGAAGCGGUUUUUAUGUUUUCCAAACUGUGAUUUAUCUCUCUCUCUCUCUCUGACCCGAUUUAUUUUCUGUCAUUGAAGAAAUUCAAAAUCCCGAAAAUAGAGUGAAAAAGAAAGAGGAAAAAGAUCUGGAUUUGGGUCCGAUCGAAUUCUGAGCCAUCGAAGCCGUUUUCAAAAAUUCAGAUGUUGUUAGCUCAGAAAUGGACAAAACUCGAGACGUGAGGCGUGGAGCGAGUCGGUUCUCUCCUGCCAAGCCCCACAAGCUCCUCGCUGGGUCAGAUAGUGUUGGUGGGGACUUUAGACAUUCGGAAAGAUCGAAGAAAGAGAGGCUGAGGAGAUUGAGCGCUGUUGGUAGGACAAGCUCGAGCUACGAGGACUACGAAAUGGGUUGCGAUGUGUCUGACAGAGAAGAUGAGCUUCGCGUACAAGCACCGUCUCUAAGUAAUGGCUCUAACAAGAGAUUUAAGAUUUCCAAAAAGUUUUUUGAUGACUGCAAUGGCGUUGAUCAUGCCUCUGUUCCGAGAAAGCUACGGUCAGCCAUGAAGAAGCGCAAUCGCGAAUCUAUUUCCCCACCUUUACCAGAUUCAAAGAAGCUGAACCAUACAGUCAGUGGAGUCGAAUCGCACGUAAAGAAUGGUGUAAAGAAACCCAAACUGAACGUGAAGCGAACCCCAGAGCAGACUCUUUCUGGGCCAAUAACAAAGGAUGAGGAAGAAGUAGUGGAGACCUUGUAUGCAUUGGCCGGAAUGUUCCCAGGAAAUGAUGUAAAUGAGAAGAGUAAAUUAGACAGUGAAUCUAUGGAAGAAAAACCUUCUGCUUUGCCAGAGUCGAGGGAGAGUACAAUGCCUUCAUUGGAAGAUUCAGCAGUUACGAAAGACAACUUGAGCUCAAUGCCCUUGAUAAUUGCUGAAGUUGCCAAUCCCUCAUCUAAUGUGGAAAGAUCGCUCAAAGAAACAACAAUAGUAGAUUCUUUGAAUGAAUCCAGUGUUCAAGAACAACCCGAUUUGCCUGAGAGCAAGAGAGUUCGUAUGGAAUUAGAUUCUUCUGUUCCUCAAUUGAAUCUACAUUGCAUGCCAAUCUUGACUAAGAGUGAAAGUAACAAUGAAAAGCCAUUGGUUGAUGCUGAUGAGCUGAGCUUGGAUACUAGUACACAACCAGAGACCCCACUGAUUGAGAGGAAACCAGAGAUUGUGUUGGGGCCGGCCAUAGCCAUUGCAAGUCAACUGGAACAACAAAGUAUGAUCAAGGAGCCCACGAAAAAUGAAGGUCCAGCAUUGUGGCCAGGCUUGUCUUCAGUGGUAUCACAUGGUGUUGGGAGUCAUGGUCCUUCUGUGCAGUCCUCUGCUGCUAAAAAUCCGGGUUGGCUUGAUACUGCUAUUGCCUCCAGGGACAGGUCAUUUGGAAGUGGUUCUUCAAGUGGAAAGAUUUCAAAAGUGGAUGUUGAUGGAAAUUCAUGGAAGAGGUGUGCCACUCAUGUUCACAUAAGUCAUCUCAUUCGGAUUUUACAAAUGCCAGAGAACCAAGAAAGGUUGCUAUUGCAACCUAACCAUUUGAAACCACAGGAAGGAUCAAAGCUAGGAGUUCUUAUGGCGAUUAACAACUUCCAUGGGGUGAGAAACAGUUUAAAUGGGAUUAUUUCUCCUACCAAUCUUUGCAAUUCUACUACUGAAAGAAAUUCAAAUGAAGCUAAAACUGGUAUUCUUCAGCACCAGCGGCUCCAUCAAGAUCAGCCCCAGGCUGCCCUGGCAUCUGGGGUGUACACUCCGCAGAAGCAGAGUUUCGAUUUCUUGUCCUUGUUGGCUGGAGGUGGUGGGGUGGAAGCUAAGAAUAGUUUUAACAAAGCUGGAAAUGGGUUAGAUUCUAUGACACAACUCCAGGUUCCUUAUCUUCAAUCUCUGGCACAACAGCAGACUCUUAUGCCUUUCUCAAUGCCCCAAGCUCGCUUUUCCUCCUCUGCUUACCCUGAUCAGCUUUCAGGAGCACCAGCAACAUCACAUCAGGUCCAGCUGCCGGUACCUCCUUAUCUUGGCAGUCCAUUCUGUGGUUCCCAUGCAAGUCCUACAGCCUUGGCAAAACAACAGCAACAUCAGCUGCAACAACAACAACAGCAAUAUCAGCUGCAACAACAACAACAACAACAGCAGCAGCUGCAACAACAACAACAGCAACAGCAACUGCAACAACAACAUCAGCAACAGCAACUGCAACAACAGCAUCAGCAGCAGCAACUGCAACAACAACAUCAGCAGCAGCAAUUGCAACAACAGCAUCAGCAACAAUGCUUUUGGGCUGCCCAGGUGGCAGCUCAAUACAGGCCUGUAGGAACUUCAAGUUCCAUGACCCAAGUUUCGAGCUGGCAACAGGGAAGGCAAGAUUCUCCUAUGCUGAUCCCAUGUGCCCAAGCCAUUAUCCCACCUCCCCCUUCGUCCCUAGAAGUACUUGGCCCUAAGUACACUACAGUCUCUCAACAGCAGCAACACCUCAUGGCCAUUACUUCAUCAUUUCCCCCUACUCGGCUAAAAAGGCAAGACCACGCCCUCCCCGCUGUCUACGAUGAGACUGGAGGUGGGUUCAAUGCCAGUGGUGCACUGCCAUUGCAGUUGCUCUGCAAUGAGCGCCUUUGAUGUGAGCAUCGGCAGCUGUUUGAUGAUACGAUGGAAGGGUAACACAUUUUUGCAUUCAUUCUUUCUGUUCAUACUAGGCGACUUGGUGUGGCAUGAUCACAUAAGUGAAGAUACAAGCAAACUUCGACUGAUCGCCAUGCAUUUCAGAAUAUCAAAUGAUCAGAAAGAAGAGCAUGAGGGGCAGGCGGAGGAAAAUUGCUGAGACCGAUAUGUUGUGGGAGAACCUGAGACCUAUUCAGCUGCUUGAGAUGGGUUUUGUAAUAUAAUACUUUUAUGAGCUUAUAUAAUCAUGUCGAUGCCUUUUCACAGAGACUGAUGCUAAAUAGAAUGGUUAAGUUUAUUUUUA